AUGUUGUUUCUAGAACGUGUUCGGACAAUUGCGAUCCUAUCAUUGACAAUUUUUGGAUGCACGGGAAACGUUUUAAUAUUAAUAGUUGUGAAUCAAUCUUUCUUUCGUAAGACACCUUCAGCAGCAUUCAUCUCAGCAUUAUCGAUAUCGGACUGCAUUGUUUUAUGUCUACAAAGUCUUCAAAUCGUUACUAAACUUCAUCCACAAGUAACGUCGUAUGAUUGUUUAGUUUUCUUUCUGAUGGAUGUGUUCCGUUUAUUAUCUGUAUGGCUCGUGUGUUUUAUUAAUGUCGAACGUUGUUCAUUAGUAUUUAAUCCAUGUCAAAUGCCACGAUUAACUAGUCGUCUGACAUCUCGUAUUCUAGUUGUUGCUUUAUUUCUUACAUCUUUGCUAAUUUUCAGUCACUAUGCACAACAUAUGCAUAUUGAAUAUGUUUAUAGUAUGAAUCAGACUGUACCGACUCGAUCGUUUUGUGCAUUCAAAGGAAAUUUUCAUCGUUUGACUUGGGAAUGUAUUCGAUCCGGUUUGACUUACUGGUUUACUGUACCGCUAUGUAUUAUAUGUAAUUUAAUUAUCAUUCAACGUCUUCACUAUGCUUUACGCCUUGAACAAACGUUAAAAAACCAAUGUACGGGUUUAGUUCACAAUCAAUUGGUAACAAGAAGUUCAUUCGAUCUGUCGAGUAAACAACGACAAUUAACAGCGAUGCUUUUGACUUCGUCAAUAUGUUUUGUGCUAACAGCUACACCAUCGACUAUUCACACGACUUAUCUAUUGAUUACACGUCAACUGAAUAAUUUUCAAUACGCGAUUCACAUAUAUACGAAUAUCCUAUUACAUUUUCAUCAUGCAUCGAAUUUUCUUGCUUUUAUUUUCUCAUGUGCACGUUUUCGUAUUGAAUUGAUGCAUUUGUUCCGUCGAUACUGUCAAUGUGAAUUCUAUAUUAAUUGGUACAAACGUUCUGCGCCUCCAACGGAACAAAACCUAAUCUGUUCAACGAGACAACAUCGAACACCUGGACAGCAUUUGUUAACGUCAAAAUCCAAUCGACCUCAUCUUCAGACCAAAUGUCACGAAGGAAUUCCUUUAUUUCGACUGAAUCAAUCUCGAAAGAAACAUCAUCAGCAAUGUUUUGAGCAUUUUGUUUGA